AACACGAACGAAGAAGAAGCUGCAGGAGGAAAGAGCUGCUCUUGAUCCUGAAUCAGUUCUCUGACCGCAGUCUGCUGUCAUGGCCUUCCUCUGCAGAAACGCUGCUUCGCUCCUGAAGCCGUCCAGAGCCGCUCCGGCCCUGAUGUCCGCUGCUCGCCUCUACAGCUCAGGUGGUCAGUAUGAGUACAUUCUGGUGGAAAAGCGAGGUGAGAAUAAGAACGUGGGUUUCAUUCAGCUGAACCGGCCCAAGGCCCUGAACGCUCUGUGUGAUGGGCUGAUGAAGGAGGUGGGACAGGCGCUGGAUGCCUUCGAAGUGGACAAAGAGGUCGGAGCCAUUGUCAUUACUGGCAGCGACAGAGCCUUUGCUGCCGGAGCAGACAUUAAAGAGAUGCAGAAUCGGACCUUCCAGGAGUGUUAUGGGGGAAACUUCCUGGCUCACUGGAACAGAGUUUCCACAGUGAGGAAGCCUGUCAUCGCAGCUGUAAAUGGAUUUGCUCUGGGUGGAGGCUGUGAGCUGGCAAUGAUGUGUGACAUCAUCUACGCUGGAGAGAAGGCGCAGUUCGGCCAACCAGAAAUCCUGUUGGGGACCAUUCCUGGGGCUGGCGGCACCCAGAGGCUGACUCGUGCAGUGGGCAAAUCCCUGGCAAUGGAAAUGGUACUAACUGGGGACAGGAUUAGUGCUCAAGAAGCCAAGCAAUCAGGUUUGGUGAGUAAAAUUUGUCCUGUGGACCAGUUGGUCUCUGAAGCUGUAAAAUGUGGGGAGAAAAUUGCUUCCAACUCCAAACUGGUCUCUGCUAUGGCUAAAGAGGCUGUCAACGCCGCUUUUGAGCUGACUUUGGCUGAAGGCAAUCAUUUGGAGAAGCGUUUAUUCCACGCCACCUUUGCAACAAAUGAUCGUAAAGAAGGGAUGACUGCCUUCGUGGAAAAGAGAAAGGCCAGUUUCCAGGACGAUUAGAAAAGAGCAAAUCGAGCUCAGCCACGAACACAAAGUUGAUAUCAGUGGGUCACUUCUCAUCUGCAAUACGUCGAAUGAUGCAAAAAUGAGGAUGGUAGUGGAGCACAUGAGCUGUUAAGAUAAAAUUUUUGCACUGAAUGUGUGCACAAGAGUGUCUUUUAACAGUGAAGCCCUGUAUGCGGAGGGUCAGUAUGAAAAUCAAGUGCUGUCUGGGUGUAUGUGAAUAUGAUUUGAUAAUUGUAAUAUAGCAUAUGUGUCAUCAGACAUAAUAACGUACUAACUUUGCCUUUUCAUGUCUGAUAUGUUUGUCCGCAUUUUGUGGCCGAUUUAUCCUGUGUACCUUCUUUCAAAUAAAGCUCUAGAGUGGUGUUAAACACUAAACGAAGGCGUGAACAGAAACGGGAA